GGAGGAGGGGCGCGGGCCCCGGGCCCUGCUCUAUCUCCCAGCGCGAGUGCAGGGCCGGGGCCGCAGUGCCUGGCUGCUGCAGAGCGGGAUCCACCCCAGGACGUCGGGUCGCUGCCGACAUAAUGUCAAGUGGAAAUGAUCUGCAGUCAGAGGCUCGUAGUAAACCCACUUUCAGUGAGGAACAAGCUUCUGCGCUAGUGGAGUCAGUGUUCGGGCUGAAAGUUUCCAAGGUCCAGCCACUUCCUAGCUAUGACGACCAAAACUUUCAUGUCUACGUCACAAAAACCAAAGACGGCCCAACUGAAUACGUCCUCAAAAUAAGCAACACCGAGACUAGCAAGAAUCCAGACCUGAUUGAAGUGCAGAAUCACAUCGUCAUGUUUCUGAAAGCAGCUGGAUUUCCAACAGCCUCUGUGUGUCGCACUAAAGGAGACAACACAACUUCGCUUGUGUCUGUAGAUAGUGGCUCUGAAAUCAAAAGCUACUUGGUGAGGCUGCUGACUUACCUCCCAGGAAGACCCAUCGCUGAGAUUCCCAUCAGCCCCCAGCUAUUGUAUGAAAUUGGAAAGCUAGCUGCCAACUUGGAUAAGACACUGGAGAAAUUCCAUCACCCAAAGCUAAGUAGUCUUCAUCGGGAGAACUUCAUCUGGAAUCUGAAAAAUGUUCCUCUUCUGGAGAAAUACCUGUAUGCCCUGGGCCAGAAUCGAAACCGAGAGAUUGUUGAGCAGGUCAUUCAUCUGUUCAAGGAGGAAGUAAUGAGCAAAUUAAGUCAUUUUCGAGAAUGUAUCAAUCACGGAGAUCUCAAUGACCACAAUAUUUUAACGGAGUCCUGCAAGUCAGCCUCUGGAGAUGCUGAAUAUCAGGUGUCUGGGAUUUUAGACUUCGAUGACAUGAGCUACGGCUACUAUGUGUUUGAAGUGGCAAUUACCAUCAUGUACAUGAUGAUUGAAAGCAAGAGUCCUAUACAAGUAGGAGGUCACGUCCUUGCAGGGUUUGAAAGCGUCACCCCACUGACAGCUGUAGAGAGGAGUGCUUUGUUUUUACUUGUAUGCAGUCGUUUUUGCCAGUCGCUUGUCAUGGCCGCACACUCUUGCCAGCUACACCCAGAGAACAAAGACUAUCUCAUGGUUACUGCAAAAACUGGCUGGAAACACUUACAGCAAAUGUUUGACAUGGGUCAGAAGGCUGUAGAAGCAAUCUGGUUUGAAACUGCCAAAUCCUAUGAAUCUGGGAUCUCCAUGUGACUGAGAUCUCCAUGUGACUAAAAGUUCACUCGAACUCAGGUCAUUAAAAUAGGACCAAAUCAAAUGUUAGGAAGGAUUUUGCUGCAUAGUUAAAAAUCAGUUGAUGGAAUGGAUCAGUUCUGACUAAGGCGCAUGAAAUCCCUAAGAUCUUCAAGCAAUCUAAUGACGGUUUUUUAAAACUCACCAAAGUACCACGAGCAAGCAUAUUUUUCUGAGAGUCUCACUUGCCGUGUCUAUAAAACAUGUAAUAAUGAUACCAUUUUGAAUCAGAUUAUCUUGCAAGAUCUGCUCCGGCCCUGAGAUUAAUGACUUUUUUAAACUUUAAAAAUGAUAUAUAUUUGUAGAUAGAUCUAGUGACAUAUUUUAAAUAUCCGGACAUAACAUACUGAUCUAACUAACAUACUGCCAGUUCUAUGAAACCUCCUCUCAUCUCUCCUUUCUCUGGAAUCCCAGUGCACUGUGUCUUUUUCACGGCCCAUCACUUUGUGUAAUGGAUCGUGGUUGUGCAGUCAUCUCGCCUGAGAGCUGUUUGAGGGCAGAGACCACGUAAAACUUCCUUUUGUCUCCUCAUCCCUUCUUAUCACACCUGUUACUAUAGUGCCUUUCCCACAGAGAGCUCUUUAAAAAUAUCUGAAAAUAAAUGUGUGCUAGAAGAAAGGAUGGAGAAGGCACACACUAAGAUGCUGUAGGAGAAAGCACAGACAGCAUUCUUAGAGACAAUUUUUAACUUGUUUCAGAGGGUAGUUGAAAGUGGAACUCCAGAGGUAGGUGCCAGAAGACCCUGGAACGGCAAGGAAGCAAAUAAUGACAUCCAGGCAAGGCCACUAACCCCUGAGCUACCUAAAUAUAAUGGUUACUUUCAGACUGAUACUAGGAACCUCCUUAAGCAUAGAUUUUUAAAUUCUCUGUUAUUUGCUUAUUUUUGUAUGACUGUGAAGUAGAUUGGGUAGACUGAAGCUCACUGUAUACUUGGCUCAAGUUAUUUCACUGUGUUUCCUUCACUGAUUUCUCUUCAUGUCUCCUUUAGCAUGAUUUAGU